ACUCCUCCUCUUCAUUCAUCACCUCUCCACCGUCAGCUGCUUCCUGGAAGAUCCCAAGCGAAGAUGAGUUUCUACGAUGACAUUUACCCAUUCUACCCUCUACAAAGGACCCCCUUCAUCUUCAGUGGCAGCCUGCUUGCCAUUAUUCUGGUUUUCCUUGUGCUAGCAGCAAGUCUUCUUCUCAUUCUGCCAGGGAUACGAGGGAGGUCGCGACUGUUCUGGAUGGUUAGAAUAAUAACCAGCUUGUUCAUUGGUGCCGUGAUAGUGGCACUCAACUUUACUAGCGACUGGGCUGAGGCAAGAAUGACCACUAAUGCCACCUACAAGUCUUUCAGCAGCGCCGUGAUUAACGCUGACGUUGGCCUUCAUGUCGGAUUAUAUGGAAUUAAUGUUACGCUAAAAGGAAAUCCUGUUGUUCAGUUUAAUGAGACUAUAAAUUACAAUGAGAUGUUCAGCUGGCAUGACUCCAUUGAUGAAGAGUAUAAAGAAGCUCUGGAGAAAGGCCUGCCCAACCCCAUCCUGUACAUCGCUGAGAAGUUCACCCUCGGCAGCCCGUGUGGACUCAUCUUUCAGUACAGAUACUCCGGACGAUACGCCUCAGCAACACUGUGGACUGCAUUUUGCUGCUGGUUAGUGGCAAAUAUCCUCUUCUCCAUGCCGGUCAUUCUCUACGCAGGCUACAUGAUGAUGGCCACCGCCGCCUUCAUCUUCUUCUCCAUGGCCUCCUUCUCCACCAUCAUGAAUGUGCCACAGUGUAUCUUCUCUAUUGGAAUGUACUCUUUCCAAACUGAGUACAGUCACUCUUUCUGGCUGGCGCUGGCUACAGGUGUGCUGUGCUCAGUCAUUGGGAUCCUGGUGGUGAUAUUUAACUUUGUGGUACCAGAGAAGAUGAACGAAGCUUUUAGCGUCGGUGUGGACAGUUAUGAAGAUGAGGACGUGUCUUUUGGAGAGAGCUACAUGAAUUCUGCAUUCCUUGAUAAAGUGACGAUUUCACCUUUACCAAUAAAAGCCACAGUGGAGCAUAUAUGAUUCCAUCCAAGUUUCCAGCAGGCAGCUAUUCCAGACGAUACUUGAACAGAGCUUUCUGAAUGUGUCUAAAUUUACACUACUUUUAAUCUAUGUGAAGUGUUGUGUGUAAAUGACUCACAGUUGCAGCAAAUAUUUAUAAAACUAUUCAAAAAAAUGUAACUGUCAUGUUAUAGAAGUCAUUAAUACAAUCUAUGUGUGUAUGGGAUCCAUACAAAUUGUAUAUACAUUGAUCAGGAAGGCUCAUAAAGCCCAUAUUGCUCCGUUUUCUGUAAAAAUGGAGUCUGACUCAUACUGUAAAUAUAAUUAUUAGUUAGAUGUUCUUUCAUUUUAUCCUGACUAGACUGUAGACUGUAGACUGAAAAUGUGCAGGACACACAUUGAGUCCAAUAUGUUAAAUUUACAGAUUGUUUUUGAGCAAAGUGACAGUUUAAACUCUGAAUAAGUGUAUUUCAGAUUUUCUCUCUGUGUAACCCUGUUUUUGCAGUCUCACAUGAAUAAAAUGAAGCCCAACAGUCAUCAGU